AUGCUCUUCCCAUUCCUCGGCCUAGGGGCUGCUUUGCUUGCGUUGAGCACGACUGCCAGCGCCCACGGCUCUCAUGGCGAUGCGUCCGACGAGAAGGACUGGGCAACACGACAUAUGAUAGAGGAGCAUCAUAUCGAUACGUUCGACGCCGGCGCAUUCUUCUCCCUCCACGACUUCGAUACCUCAGGCGCCUGGACGGCGGACGAGGUGCGCAAGAUGUACGGGCUUGAUGACGAGUCCAACGCCGGGGUGAGCGAGGACCGCAAGCAGCGGGCUGUGCGGGAGGUAUUCGCAGUGUUCGACCCGAGCAACACGGGUGUCAUCUCGCGCAACCAGUGGCUGCGGCUGCUGGACGACGGCGUCCGGCUCCCCGAUCUCGGUUACGGGCCGGGGCACCAUGGAGACGACGAGUAUGAAUAUGAGAUCCAUCAUUUCGAAAAGUACCAUGGCGAGGACGCCACGGAGGAGGAAUUGACCCACCCGGAGGAUAUCGAGCAUUUCAGGAAGCACGACGAAGAGGAGCUUGCCCAGUUUAAACUGGAGCAGCUGGAGAACAUGCAGAUCGUCGAGGCGAAUAUCCCUCAAAAGUUCCUGAGAAACGCGUGA